CUUCCCAUCCCCCAGGAAUAUAUAAAGAGCCCCAACCUCAGCCACUGACCGACCCUGGCCAACAGGCAUCUGUCCUUGUUAAUUACAGAGAGACAGUCUCAAACUCCAGGAGCUCCGCCUGGAUUUGCUGGCCUGCAGCAGCCAGAGACUGGCGUGUCUCCCUCUCUGCUGAAUCCAGGUAUUCCCACCUGCUUCUCUGAAGGAUGGACAUGACGGACGGCUGCCAGUUCUCCCCUUCUGAGUACUUCUAUGAAGGCUCCUGUAUCCCCUCACCAGAGGAUGAGUUUGGGGACCAGUUUGAGCCAAGAGUAACAGCCUUCGGAGCACACAAAGCUGAGCUGCAGGGCUCAGACGAUGAGGAGCACGUGCGUGCACCUACUGGCCACCACCAGGCUGGCCACUGCCUCAUGUGGGCCUGCAAAGCUUGCAAGAGGAAGUCCACUACCAUGGAUCGGCGCAAGGCCGCCACCAUGCGCGAGCGUAGACGCCUGAAGAAGGUCAACCAAGCUUUCGAGACGCUCAAGAGGUGCACCACCACCAACCCUAACCAGAGACUCCCCAAGGUAGAGAUUCUCAGGAAUGCCAUCCGCUACAUUGAGAGCCUCCAGGAGCUGCUGAGGGAACAGGUGGAGAACUAUUACAGCCUGCCGGGACAGAGCUGCUCUGAGCCCACCAGCCCCACCUCCAACUGCUCUGAUGGCAUGCCUGAAUGUAACAGCCCUGUCUGGUCCCGAAAGAACAGCAGCUUUGACAGCAUCUACUGUCCUGAUGUAACAAAUGCAUGUGCUGCAGAUAAAAGCUCCUUGUCCAGCUUGGAUUGCUUGUCCAGCAUCGUGGAUCGGAUCACAUCUACAGAGCCAUCCGAGUUGGCUCUUCAGGACACAGCUUCCCUCUCUCCAGCGGCCAGCACCAACUCACAGCCUGCUACCCCAGGGUCCUCCAGCUCCAGACUUAUCUAUCACGUAUUAUGAACUCUCGAGGGCGUCCUACAUGGAGGAAAAGAAGCCCCGCGUCUGAAGGAAAGACAAGCUGUGCAGAAUACGUGCUUUUCGGUUGUAAAUACUGUCUUGCCACUUUAUGAGAAAAUGGAUUUAACUGAAAGUCACAUUUGCAAUAAUGGUUUCCCCUCUGCCUGUUCUUCUUGCUUUCGUUUUUUUUUUUUUUUUUUUUAUUUUUUUUUUUUUUUUAGCUUCCGAUUGCUUUAGAUACAUGAUUCCAGUACUAUUUUUCUGAUGGAGGCAAUUAAUUGGCAGUUACUUAGAAUAAUUCUUAACUUAUACAUAUAUAUUGUAAAUAUUGCACAUCAAAAUAACUUUGGUAUUUAGAGCUCUAUAUUUUUCUUCAAAAUAACAUUUUAAUAGCUUGGAAUCCAUUACAGGGAAUUAAAAAUAUAUUUAACGUUUGCUUUUCUCUUUAAUCUUUUGUUAAUAGUGUAUCAUCAAAUGAAAAUGUGCCUAAUGAUAUAUACUUUCUUAUAAUCUUUUAAUCUUAUAAUCAUAUCUUUUUAUAAGAAAUAUUUCUUUCAAUGUAAGCUAUAAAUAAUACAUUGAGGGCAAUUUCAAACUAUAAAAAAUUUGUAAAUUUCCCCAUAAAUAACAUUGAAAUAACUAAUUUGUUUCUUGGCCUCUAAAAAUAACAUCCCCAACAAAAUUAGCAAAUCAUGAACAUGAAACAUUUAAGAAUGGGUUAAAUAUGAUCACACAGUUAGCCUUGUAGAUAUGUAUUGAAAUAAUUUAUGAAUUUCUUUUAAAUUUGUUGAUGUGACUUAUAAAAAUAUCACAUUUUCAUUGUAAGCAUAUUUCAAGAAUGCCUGGUAAAUGAAGCCCCCUUUUCUUUGUUGUUAUUUCAUACAAUGUCCAGUUGUAUAUAAAAAAAGGAUUGUAAAAUUUUGCAGGAUAAUAUCAUUUGUUUAAGCACAAAAGCUUAAAAAGUAUAUGUCAUUUCACUAUAUACAGUACUUUGUCAAUCAUGAGCCAGGUUUUAUUAACUAUUUGUAUAUGCCUUAAAAUAACUUGAUAAAUAAAUGUACUAUUAUUAUCAAUAAAAUAUUUAAAGGAG